GGUAACACUCGCAUGUGACAUCUUUUAGUAUCAGUUGCUAUAUUUUAUUCAGAGAACAAAAAUAUUAAAUAAAUAUGGGUAAAAAAACGAAAAAUGCGAAAAUAAAAACUAUAGAAAAUAUAGAAAAAGAAAACAAUGAAAAUAUAAUUCUAAAGCCUCAUAGAUCUUCAGAUGAAAUUGAAGCUCGAAAGGAGAAAUGGAUAAACAAACAGCGUGUUUUAGUGUUUGCAGCACGUGGUAUAAGUCAUCGCGAUAGACAUUUAAUGAAAGACAUAAAAACACUUAUGCCUCAUCAUAGAGUAGAAUCGAAAAUGGAAAGAUCUAAGACAUUGUCCAUUGUUAACGAAAUUUGUGUAAUGAAACAUUGUAAUAAAUGCGUUCUCUUUGAGGGCAGAAGGAAACGAGAUUUGUAUAUGUGGUUAGCCGAUGUAGUAGAAGGACUUUCAGUAAAAUUUUUAAUAGAAAAUAUUCACACAAUGGGGGAACUAAAAUUGACUGGAAAUUGUUUGAGGGGCUCCCGACCUUUACUUUCUUUUGAUUCGAAAUUUGAUUCAUUACCUCAUCUUAAAUUAAUUAAGGAAUUAUUAACUCAAAUAUUUGGAGUACCAUUCCAUCAUCCGAAGAGUCAGCCUUUUGUUGAUCAUGUAUAUACUUUUACCUAUCUUGACAAGCGGAUUUGGUUCAGAAAUUUCCAAGUAUUAUCUGAAGACGGAGGUUUAUCGGAAAUUGGUCCCCGUUUUGUUUUAAAUCCAGUCAAACUUUUUGAAGGUUCUUUUACUGGGAAUCCUCUUUGGGAAAAUCCAGAUUACGUCAGUCCAUCAAAACACAGACAAAUAUUAAAAAAAGUAGCAAAAAAUAAAUAUGUUAACCGGCUUGAACAAAAGGUUACACGGGAAGCUAGGACUCCUAAAAAUGCUUACGAAUAUGACGAACUUGACGAUAUUUUUGAAAAUAAAGAUCCAAUAACUUUAGCCGGAAUCAUCAAUGAAAAAAGCAAAAAGAAAGAUGCUAAAAAAGCUAAACUGCUGGAAAAGAUUAAAGACAAACAAAAUAAUAUAAUCAAAAAUAUUAAAAUUAACAAAAAAAAGAAAGAAGAAACUGCACAUUAAAUAAAACGUAUUUUAUUUGAAAAAGAAGUGUAUAAAAGUUAUAUAUAUAAUUUCAAUAUACAAAAUUCAAAAUAAAUAAAUAUAAACAAUUAUAAAUUAUUCGAAAAAUUAUUUAGUCUUAAAAUUAAA